ACGCACUAGGAGGCGGAGCUAAGGAGUGGGUUUCGAGGCUCCGCCCCCGCGACGCAGCGCUGGUUGUCGCUCCUGCGCCGGAGGCGCUGUGCAUCUCGAGCUGGUGACUGGGUCCGGAAUGGCUUCGGACUCGGGGACCCAGGGGACCCUCUGCACGUUGGAGUUUGCGGUGCAGAUGACCUGUCAGAGCUGUGUGGACGCAGUUCGGAAGUCCCUGCAAGGGGUGGCAGGUGUCCAGGAUGUGGAGGUGCACUUGGAGAACCAGAUGGUCUUGGUACACACCACUCUGCCCAGCCAGGAGGUGCAGGCUCUCCUGGAAGGCACGGGGCGGCAGGCGGUACUCAAGGGCAUGGGCAGUGGCCAGUUGCAGAAUCUGGGGGCAGCAGUAGCCAUCCUAGGGGAGCCUGGCACCGUGCAGGGGGUGGUGCGCUUCCUACAGCUGACCCCUGAGCGCUGCCUCAUCGAGGGAACUAUUGACGGCCUGGAGCCUGGGCUGCAUGGACUCCAUGUCCAUCAGUACGGGGACCUCACAAAGAACUGCAACAGGACUGUACUAGAGGAUUUUCUUGACGCCUGGAGUAACCAGGCCAUGCCCUUACCUGAAGCCUAUCUUGGCUCCCAGUGCCUGAGAGUACAAGCUGGGCCUAACUUCUUGAGGCAGGGGAAUCUUUCACCAGCUCUUUUCAGCCCGCUGUCAGUCUGCCCAGGAUUUCAGUUCCAGGGAGGGAGUGACCACUUUCUACUUCCAGAGAGGGCCAAGGGGACCUUGCCUGCCCAGUCCUUGGAGAGCUCAGAUUCUACCAGACUGGUACCCACAGGAGGAAAUGGGUAUUUUGGGGAAGCAGGAAGAGGCAUUGGAAUCAAGAAGUCAGAAGACAACAGCUUGGCAUCACAUGGCACACACCCCCUAUACACACACUGGGUCUCAUUCCAGCACCGUGGAGACCUGGGCAAUGUCCGCGCUGAUGCUGAUGGCCGUGCCAUCUUCAGGAUGGAGGAUGAACAGCUGAAGGUGUGGGAUGUGAUUGGCCGCAGCCUGAUUAUUGAUGAGGGAGAAGAUGACCUGGGCCGCGGAGGCCAUCCCUUAUCCAAGAUCACAGGGAACUCUGGGGAGAGGUUGGCCUGCGGCAUCAUCGCACGCUCCGCUGGCCUCUUCCAGAACCCCAAGCAGAUCUGCUCCUGCGAUGGCCUCACCAUUUGGGAGGAGCGAGGCCGGCCUAUCGCUGGCAAGGGCCGAAAGGAGUCAGCCCAGAUCCCUGCUCACCUUUGAGCAGGGCCUCACCUUGGCUCUGUUGCUGUCGUCCAGGGCAAGCACUUUCUACUUCCAGAGGGGGCCAGAGGGAUCUUGCCUGCCUAUUCUUUGGAGAGCUCAGUACAAGGCAGGAGCUACUGCUUUUUCCCUUUGCAAAUGAAAGUUUUAUUUUCAUAUGGAA